GCAUGUUCUCCAACGCUUGAGAGAAAAUGGUCUGAAACUUUCUCCACAAAAAUGUAAGUUCUUCCAAACAUCAGUAAGAUACUUGGGACAUAUUGUCUCAAGAAAUGGAGUAGAGACAGAUCCUGAGAAGAUUGCUGCUAUAAAAACUUGGCCGGUACCACAAACUCUAAAACAGUUGAAGUCCUUUCUAGGCUUUGCAGGCUACUAUCGCCGUUUUGUAAAAGAUUAUUCCAAAAUCGUCAAACCUUUGAAUGAACUAACAGCAGGUUACCCUCAUUACGGAAGGGACAAAAAGGAACCACCUGCCAGAGAGUAUAUCGAAAUCCGAAAGAGCCUUUUGCAGACCGAUGGACAGGCUCUUGUCAGGAAGCUUUUGAGUGCAUAAAAGAGAGAUUGACCUCUGCUCCGAUACUGGGGUUUGCAAACUCUAAACUCCCCUAUGUUCUCCACACUGAUGCUAGCACCACUGGCUUGGGUGCUUCUUUGUAUCAGGAGCAGAAUGGCAAAAUGCAAGUUAUUGCUUAUGCCAGUAGAGGACUUUCUCCAAGCAAGGCUAGAUAUCCAGCUCACAAACUGGAAUUUUUGGCCCUGAAAUGGUCUAUUGUUGAAAAAUUCCAUGACUAUCUGUAUGGCAAUACAUUCCAGGUGGUAACUGACAACAACCCUUUAACUUAUAUUCUCACUUCUGCCAAGUUAGACGCAGCCAGUUAUCGGUGGUUGGCAGCUCUUUCUACUUUUGACUUUCACCUUAAAUACAGGGCUGGAAAGGCUAAUCAAGAUGCAGAUGGGCUCUCUCGUCGGCCUCAUCAUAGCCUUUCUGAUGAUCCUGCUUCAAAAGAGGAAGAAGAACACAUAAAACAGUUCACUUCGCAUCUGUUGUCUCCAUCACCAUGCGAGCAAGAAGAACAUGAACUGAGUCCUGAUGGAGUGGCUGCUGUGUGCUAAAGACAUCUCCUAAGUGAAACCAAGGGCUACUUACCUUCUAUCACAUUGGUUGAGUCUCUUGCAGUACAUGCAGAUGCUGUACCAGAUGAGUAUGUUUGUAAUGAUGAUUUGUUGGCUCAGAUUGCAAUUCCAAUUUUUUCUGACAGUGAUAUUAGAACCCAUCAAGAGAGGGAUCCAGUCAUCAGUCAAGUGAUGCAGUUGAUAAAAGCAGGCGUGAAUGUGCCUCGUGACAUCACAGAUGGAUCCCCUGGCAUGAAACUGUUGCUGAAGGAGUGGAAGCGUCUUGAGUUGAGAGAUGGUUUGCUGUAUAGAAGGAGGCAGUGCGAUACGGUGACCACUUAUCAGCUUGUACUUCCAAUGGCUUUGAGGUCUGAUGUUCUCAGGUGCCUCCACGAUGACAUGGGACACAUGGGUUUAGAACGGACCCAAGAUCUAGUAAGAUCUAGAUUUUAUUGGCCAAAAAUGGCUGCAGAUGUUGAAGCAAAGAUAAAAAACUGUGGACGAUGUGUCAGAAGGAAGUCCCCGCCUGAAAAGGCGGCACCUCUUGUCAAUAUCAGGACAACACGACCAAUGGAAUUGGUUUGUAUGGAUUUUUUAUCAUUGGAACCUGACAGUAAAAAUACUAAGGAUAUUUUGGUAAUAACAGACCACUUCACAAAAUAUGCAGUGGCCUUGCCUACACGAAAUCAAAAGGCAACCACAGUUGCAAAAUGUCUUUGGGAACAGUUCCUUGUGCACUAUGGGUUUCCUGAACGGCUCCAUAGCGAUCAAGGUAGAGAUUUUGAAUCUCGGGUGAUUAAGGAACUAUGUUGUUUGACUGGUAUCAAGAAAGUAAGGAAGAGUCCAUAUCAUCCCAGAGGUAAUCCAGUGGAGCGAUUUAAUCGCACUCUUCUUAGUAUGUUGGGUACGUUGACAAAUGAGCAGAAAACUCACUGGCGUGAUUACGUCAAAACACUCGCUCAUGCGUACAAUUGUACGAAAAAUGAAGUCACUGGAUUCAGUCCUUAUGAGCUUAUGUUUGGCAGGCAACCCAGACUACCUGUUGACCUAGCAUUCAACUUGCCAGUCAAAGAGGCACAAACACCGACACACUCUCAGUACGUCAGGAACUUGAAAGCUCGUCUGGAGGAGAGCUAUCAAAGUGCCUUUGCAAACGCAGAGAAAGUUGCCAAAAGAAACAAGCAGCAUUUUGACAAACGUGUUAGAGAAUCCACCCUUGCUGUGGGGGACAGAGUUCUAGUAAGAAACUUGCGCUUGAGGAGCAAACACAAACUGGCUGAUAAGUGGGAGCCCACAGUCUAUCAUGUUUUGAAGCAAAUGGGAGAUUUGCCAGUGUACAUGGUUCAGCCAGUGAAUGGGGAUGCUCCAGCUCGAACCCUUCAUAGGGAUCUUCUACUACCUUGUGGAAAUUUAUCUGAAAUGGAAGAAAAUGAGGGUAACAUACCAAAACCUUCUUGUCCACCCAGAACUAGACAAACUCAGUCUCAGAAUCCUGAACAAGAAUGUUCUGAUUCUGAUGAGGAUUAUGAAAUGCUACAUAGUGAGCCUAUGAGUAACACUGAGACCUUUACCAAAGUUUAUGACAUUAACCAAAGAGGGGUCCUUUCCAGUGCUCCAGAAGGUCAAAUGCCCAGUAACCAGGUUAGACCUGAAAACCCCUCACCUCUCCCUGAAAGUGUUUCUCAGCAAAUGUUGGAAGGGGAGACAGGAAAUGACAUUUGUGAAAUUCUCCGUAAUGAGGAGGCUGAUGAUGCAGCUCAGUUGCCUAGCAUGGAUGAGACGCAGUCAAUUCCAGGCAGUGAUAACAGCCGUACCGAGUGUUUGACAGAUGCAGGGGAUCAUAUGCUGAGUCAGGGACAGAAUGUAACACCCCCUGUCGAUGAAGUUGUUGUCACACAGACCGAAAAAAGGGAGGAAACAGAGGGAUUACAUGAAGAUGACACAGCACUAAGAAAGUCUGAGCGGUUAAAAACACCACCGUGUCGGUUUCAUUAUCCGCAGCUUGGAACGCCUCUGAUUUCCUUUGCUCAGAGUUUAUUGGAAGGUUUUAAUCGCGCACUUGAUUCUAUACACGAGACUGAUCACCAUCUAGUUUAUGAGAUAUAGUUAUUGACACGAUGUAACAUGAUGGGACUCAUGUUAUUUUUUGGGGGGGAGGGUGUAGCCCACUUAUAAAAAGCAUUUAUUUUUGCUACAGGUUUUUAAAGGGUUAAUUUUCCUACUGGCAAUUAAAGGGUUAAUUUUUCAUUUGCGGUAGAGAUGGUUUGGCCCUCCAGGCAUACCAUGCAGGGCUCUGUGGAGGGUGCCAUCUUGUGUCUGCGUGUUUUUUUCUUGCAAGCACGAGGCAGAGAAGGAGCUGCGUGACCAGCAGAGAAAGAUCGGCAGUGUUAUAGACGGAAGAAGAAGUUGAAGAAUUAAAAGAAGCUACUUUUUGUUUUUUGAGAUCGGUUACGUUGUGUGCCGAAAGAACAUUUUCAGAGCGGCUACGUUGUGAACGUGUCGUGUUUAAGAAUUCUUGGAAACUCCAAAUUGUUUUGAUGACCCUCAAUUGUAGCUCGGACUACAAUUCUUCGUUGGAAGUCGAUGGCGAGCCAGGUGUAGAACGAGAGUAUCCUGUUGAAGAUUGAAGUACAGUGUGGCCAGCUGUUACUGAUUCCCAUCAACAGGAUUGAACCCAAUCUGACAGGACAAGAGAUAAGGAAUAUACCUAUACACAUUCAUUUAUCCUACCCGGGUAGAGAACAAAUUGAGUGCACAAACAAGACAAAGGACAAUUUAUUUUAUACUAUUUUUUUAUAAAGCUGAUUUAUUUUGUAAAAGAAAUUCAGUUUUAGGAACAAAUUAUUGUUUAUGUUGUUUUUCUAUUUUGUGUUGUGAAAGGUAAUGGAAUAAACCUGCCCUCUGUUAUUUAAACACAUUGUUGUUUUUUUUCUUCUCUUCGUAAAUAGGACCUAGUAACUUUGUGUAGCUUUUGCUGGUUAAGUUGACACAAGUGCUACACUGAUAUAACUCGCAGGGGCAGCAGUAAAAGGUACUAGUUACCCAAACUUUAGGUCACAACGUUGUUUUGCUGUUUGUUAUUUUGAAAGGGUAAAUGACGGAAAUAAAUACAAGAAUGCCUCAUCUGUCAUCUGAUGCCUUCUUUUCUAUCUUUCCUUGGCUUCUUUAUGCACAAUAAAAUAAUGUUUUGCCUUGGGGCCCAAACUUUUGAUCCCCAUGUAUACCCUGAAAGCCUGCUAAGAGUUGAUCAGACAGACGUCUGAGGUUGAUCAAACAUUGUCAGCAUAAUUUUUGAUGUACACUAUUGAGACCCAUCCCAAGAAUCAACAUGUCAACAAAACCAAAGUUCUCACAAACUUCCUCUUUUCCUUUUGUUUUCACAAACUGCUUUUAGUUAUUUAGUUUGUGAAGAAGAGGAUUAUUCAAUGAAGUCUGUCUGCAGUUUCAUUUGACUGCAUCUCUGAAAGCUCUAAAAAUAUCUUUGAAUUCAAAUCUGCCGAACAUGAAGAAGUGAAGUAUCCAUUUUGUUCUGCUCUUUAAAUGCAUAUGUUGUUUAAGCAACGAACAGCGUAAAACAUAAAGGAAAAACUGUUCAUUUUGAAGUUCUUAAAAUUGUUCUUUUUUUCUU